AUGCCUCUGUCAACACUGAUUACCAGUGCUUCAGCUUUCGCAAUCAAGAAAAACCGUUUGAUCGACACGAUCCAUGAAACUUCUGGCUGCUUUGGCCCAAAAGGGAAGUGGGGCUCUAGAGAUACUGAGACUGGAGUUUGCCGCUUGGCAUUAUCUGAUGAAGACAAGGGGGUUAGAGACUGGUUUGUGGCCGAGUUGAAGAGCCUUGGAUGCACAGUCAAAAUUGAUAAUUUGGGAAAUAUAUUUGGUGUUUUUCCAGGAAAAAACGAGGGCAAGCCAAUAGGCAUUGGCUCGCACUUGGAUACUCAGCCCACUGGAGGAAGAUACGAUGGGAUUUUGGGUGUACUCAGUGGCUUGGAAGUCUUGAGAACCAUGAAAGAAAAUGGGUUUGUUCCUAAUUACCCCAUUUGCGUGGUAGACUGGAUGAACGAAGAGGGUGCCAGAUUUCCCAUGAGCAUGAUGUCCUCUUCAGUUUGGGCAGGUGCGGCAGAUCUCGAAGAAGUCUACAAAAUGGAGUCUGUGACAGACAAAGUCCCAGUUUCGGUACGCGAAGAGCUAGAGCGCAUAGGGUAUUUGGGUGAUAUUCCAUGCUCCUACGAGGCCAAUCCGUUGGAAGCACAUUUUGAGCUCCACAUCGAGCAAGGUCCUAUUCUUGAGGAGCAAAACAAAAAGAUAGGCCGCGUGCAGGGGAUCCAGGCUCUCAGAUGGAUCGAGAUUACUAUGAACGGCAAGGCGCAACAUACUGGCACCACGCCUCUUCGCUCACGAUCAGAUGCCUUACUUGCAUCCUCUCAAGUAGUGGUCAGGGGAAAUGAAAUUGCCAAGAAAUACGGUGGCUUGUUUAGUUGUGGAAUCUUGGAGAUUGAGCCCGCAGUGGUUAAUGUGAUCCCGCAGAAGGUGCGCUUUGUCAUUGAUAUUAGACACCAGCUUGACGAAACGCUAGAUGUCAUGUACCGGGAGCUCAGCGAAAGCCUCCAGAAAAUUGCGAGCAGCUGCGGCAUGAGAUUGAGCUUCAGCUUGAAAGAGCUUGUGAAUCAGCGUGCGAUUCAUUUUGACGAGACUUGCAUGAAAUGUAUCACAGAGUCCUCAAACGAGCUAUUUGGGGAAAACCAGUCCAUUCCUAUAGUGAGUGGAGCAGGCCACGACUCAGGCCUUACGGCUAUUCGCAUUCCUACUGCAAUGAUUUUUAUUCCAUCCCAGGACGGAGUGUCCCAUAAUUUCGAGGAGUACAGCACCCCGGAACAAGUGGACGAAGGUUUUCGAGUUCUCUUGGGAGCAGUUUUGAAGUACGACGCGCUAAGAAGCAAAUAA